CUCUGGGAGCACAGCUCAGACAGGAACAGCUGAAAAAGAACAACAAAGCCACGACGACGACGACGGUACAAACAACAGAUGUUCGUCUAAAAUAUACGUCAAAUAUUGGUGACAUCGUCGCUGGUGGGGACAUUUUGUGCCACUUGAACAAAUCAGAAACGCUGUAGUUGAGUCACUCCUAGAGAUUAAACAAUGGGACGUAUCUUCUUGGACCACAUUGGUGGAACACGCCUCUUCUCCUGUGCCAACUGUGACACCAUCCUGACUAAUCGGUCAGAGCUUAUCUCAACACGUUUCACAGGAGCCACGGGCAGAGCGUUCCUCUUCAAUAAGGUGGUGAACCUGCAGUACAGCGAGGUUCAGGACAGAGUGAUGCUUACCGGCAGGCACAUGGUGAGAGACGUUAGCUGCAAGAACUGCAACAGCAAGCUGGGUUGGAUCUAUGAGUUUGCUACUGAGGACAGUCAGCGGUACAAGGAGGGACGUGUCAUCCUGGAGAGGGCGCUGGUUAGGGAGAGUGAGGGCUUUGAAGAGCAUGUCCCCUCAGACAACUCAUGAGCCCCUAAAGUUGGAUUAAUUGAUAUGGGAAGGCUCACUCCUUUGUCCUCCUUUCCCUCUCCCUUAUCCCUUUGCCUCUGUGCUGCAUACUGCCACCUGCAGACUUAGUGGUCAGUGAAGUUUUGCCUUCACUCCCCGUACCCCCUCCCUGUCUCUGGCCUAUGACUCUAGACCUCUGCUGAUUAGAAGAUUGGUUUGCUGGAUCUGUUCUUGCUGAAUAGGCUUCCCCAAAAUACUCCCUGAUUUAUGUGUCACAGGGUACC